AUGACUAUGGCCAUCGACAAUCAACAACGCUUCGGCGGCAUGAACUUCGACCACAUGUCUUAUUCCAAUCCCCCUCAAUUCACCAAUCCAUGGUCUGCGUCGUCCGCGCCCGCCCAGAACCACAGCCUCUAUGCCUCCUCGCACAACAUCAACCCCAAUCUGGGGCUGGAGCACAUUGCAAAGCAGCAGCAGCAGCAGCAACCCCGUGUGAACAGCAAUGUCUCCAUGGGAUCUUAUGCCAGCGUACCAAUGUCCGCGGCAUCAGCAGGUAGCCCUCUCUUGGCGGAUGUAUAUGGCUCUCAGGAUUUACUCACCAUGCCCCAAGAUUUGUUGAGUCCAACCCGUUCUGUGUCUACUGGAUAUGGGAAUGAGAACGCCUACUCGAGUGCUCCCUCGCCGGUUCACAACUACGCGCCUACGUCGACGCCGUAUGAACAUAUGGGUUAUGCCCCCGCCCCCGUGCGGUCGACCUAUGCCAUCCCACAACAGGAUAAUUCAAGACGACUGUCACAACCGUCAGUACCCUCUAGCUCAUUCCUCGAUAUGUCGGAGGACGCGCAACGCCUUCAACGCCAGAAUUCACUUAUUGACUUCAAUGACAGAGGACUUCAACAGGAGUCAACACGAAGCUUCGGCGACGCAAUUGAUGCCAGCAGAGGCAUGAUUGCUAUGAGCCAGAAUACGACACCACGCAACAUUUAUGGCGGACAAGGACGUGUAGGAAGGGGGUCAGGUGAUUCAUAUGGAUUCCCCACUGCCCACUCGACCAGCUCCUCGAUCUCCUCAUCAGGGACAUAUCCCUCAUAUUUCGGUGGCUCAGUCGAUUCAUCAGUGAGCGACUACUCGAACGCUGGCUCUGACAUUGAAUCCGUCUCGUCGCGAACACUACCCAGACCCUCAGGUCUCCUCAAUGGAGGCAUUCCUCCAGCGCCACAAUCGAUGAUGGGUCAAUUCAGCUCCAAAGUCUCUUCAAGCACACAGAAGAAGCACAAGUGCAAAGUCUGCGACAAGCGAUUUACGCGCCCAAGCUCUCUGCAAACACAUAUGUAUAGUCACACUGGCGAGAAGCCAUUCUCUUGCGAAGUGGAAGGUUGCGGAAGACACUUCUCAGUAGUCUCCAACUUGCGCCGACACCGAAAAGUGCACAAGGGCGAAGCGCGUUCAGAGGCGGGAUCUGAAGAUCACCAAUCGGACGAAUAA